CCAACUUCUAACAUUUUAAGCUUGUAAAAGCAGCUCCUCAGAAUUCAGAACCCCCUGCCUCAGCGGUUAUUCCUGGAGAGCAGCCACCCAGAGCGAGAGCGAGCGAGAGAGAGAGAGAGAGAGAGAGAUUGAAGAGAGGUGCCAUGGGCGACUUCUCCGCCAGCAGCAUCCACUGUUCCCGCCUCCACGACUGCCACGGCAACGACGGCGACGCACUCAUCCGCCGUCGCGUCGACUCGCCGCAGUCCGUCUUGGGCCCCUUGCUCUCUUCCAUGGCCGGCCUCAGCUUCACGCGUCAUCCCCUCCAAGAUCCGCCCGGCCGCAAGAUCACCAAGAAAGGAACGCGUACCGUCGAGGACUCAAUUCCCCGUGGCUCCUGGCGCAGUGCGAUUGCCACAUCCGAUUUUACUCCGCCGGCCCCGAUCGUGGUGAAGAGGCGGCGAUUCACAACCCUCAUCGAUGACGAUGACUGCGGAAUGGAUGGCGGAGAUGCAACGCCUGGGGUUGCUAGAAAGCUUGGGGACCUCCUGGAUAAGGUGGCUUCGGAGAGCGCGGAUCCUAAGGAAGAGAGGCAGGGGGACUCCAUUGAACCAUGAACUGAAAACGAAGGCGAAGUACUUCCUGCGAAAAUAAUUAGGGUUUCCUCACGGUUAAACACGCGAAGGAGUGGUUGAUUCUGUAUACAGUCGGUGAAUUCUUUUGUCUCGACGAAAUUGAAGAGCAUCGCAUUAGGUUGUCUGAAAAUUCUUUCCCUUCCUCUUCAUUUUAUCUCAUCAAAUGUUGUGAAGACGUUCUUUGGUUGUCUAUGUCUUGGCGCGCCGAUUUUAAGAAUUUUUUUGGAUGUUGGGGUUACAAGCUGGGAGGAGGAGGAAGAAGAAGAAGAAGAAGAAGAAGAGGAAGAAGAAAGCAUAGCAUAUUUGUUUGAUGAUGAAUUAGGUAUAAAUGAAAUUGAACAGACAAUAUUAGUAGGUUUCUGAUAUUUCAUGUAGAUGAAUUAGGUAUAAAUGAAAUUGAACAGACAAUAUUAAUAGGAAGAAUUUAGUAAAUUGUGAAUAAAUUAAACUCUUACUUUAUGUUUACCAUGUUCUACCAUACUACACUAGGUUGUCAAGACUUUCUAUUUUUAGCAAAUGCAGAUAGAACUUUUAUUUCUUGGAGUGCAAAGCCCUGUUGCUGCCACCAGUUUGCAAGGUGAUGAAGCCAAAGAAUUUACAAUUUCUUGGAAUGCUAAGCACUGCUGCCACCAGUUUGCAAGGUGAUUGAGCUGAGGAACAAACAUAUUUCUUUUCUUUCUCUUUCAACUUCAUCUCUAUGCAGUACUGUUAUGUGUUGAAACAAAAAAUAGAGUAAUUAUUAUGUGUUGAAACAAAACUCAAUCCAAACUCAAGGUAUAUGCAAUUUCAAGAUCAGUACAACCACAAGAUCACCAAGAAGGGAAUGCGUACUGAGGACUCUGUCCUUGGGCGCACUGAGAUUGCAUCCGAUUUGACUCUGUCGGCCCCAUUGAUUGUUAAGAGGUGGCGGAUUAUGGCCUUCAUUCAUGACCACGAUGACGAGUUUGGCAGCAUACACGCAAAGUCGAGCCUCGUGAGAAAGCUUGGGGAAUCUUGGAUCAGGUGGCUUAGUGGAGCGCCGAGCAUAAGAAAGAGAGGUAAUGGGGUCCAUUGAAUAACCAUGACCUAAAAAUGAAGAUGAGUGUCCUCCCUCUGGAAUAAUUAGAGUUUCAAUGGGGUUGUCCACACGAAGGAGUGGUUGUGAAUUCUUUUUGCUCCAUGGAAUAGAAGAGCAUGGCGUUAAGGCAUCUGUGAAUUUUUUUCCCUUCCUCCCCAUUUCAUCUCAUCGACAGUUGUAAGAUACUUUUUGAUUGUCUGUUUCUCGUAGCUGCCCAAAUUACAACAAUUUUUUUGGAUGUUUGGGCAAAAAGUCAUUUGGACGCAUUGAGAAAUUCAGGUUGAUUCAACUAGCUGAUUUUGCU